UUUAUUUUGGCUCCAUGUCUAAAAAUAUUCUAAACACAGCUAUAGUUAAAUAUAGACAUUUUUCACAGUGCUACUUUACGAAAUUUUACUGCUGUGUGUGGAUCGUAUUCAUGUCGGAAAAUUAUCGGUAAAAAUAGGCAAAAGUAAGGCCCCAGAAUGGCGGAGGCCGAAGGGGGCUCCGAACAGGAUGAUGUUUCAUUCUUGCGAACGGAAGAUAUGGUGUGUCUCUCCUGCACCGCGACAGGGGAGCGUGUGUGCUUGGCUGCGGAGGGGUUCGGUAAUCGACACUGCUUUUUAGAAAAUAUUGCAGACAAGAAUAUACCUCCAGAUCUUUCGCAAUGUGUGUUCGUUAUAGAACAGGCAUUGUCUGUGCGUGCUUUACAAGAGUUGGUCACUGCAGCUGGCAAUGAAACUGGCCAGGAAAACCUAGGUAAAGGUACAGGAUCUGGACACCGCACCCUUUUGUAUGGUAAUGCCAUCCUUUUACGCCAUCAAAACAGUGAUAUGUACUUGGCUUGUUUGUCGACAAGUUCAAGUAACGAUAAACUUGCUUUUGAUGUCGGGUUGCAAGAACAUAGCCAAGGCGAAGCCUGCUGGUGGACGGUUCAUCCCGCCAGUAAACAGAGGUCUGAAGGUGAAAAGGUGCGUGUUGGAGACGAUUUGAUCUUGGUAUCAGUCGCUACAGAACGAUACUUGCACACGACGAAAGAAAACGAAAUUUCGAUCGUAAACGCCAGUUUCCACGUAACCCAUUGGUCUGUACAACCAUAUGGGACUGGAAUCUCGCGAAUGAAAUAUGUGGGGUAUGUUUUCGGCGGAGAUGUUCUCAGAUUUUUCCACGGAGGCGACGAGUGCCUGACCAUACCGUCCACAUGGAGCAUAGAUGCGAAUAUUGUAAUUUACGAAGGCGGGAGCGUAAUGUCGCAAGCCCGCUCUUUGUGGAGAUUAGAACUGGCGAGGACAAAAUGGGCCGGAGGUUUUAUAAAUUGGUCGCAUCCAAUGCGGAUAAGACAUAUUACAACUGGAAGAUAUCUUGCUGUUAAUGAAAAUAAUGAGUUGUAUCUGGUUAGUAGAGAAGAGGCAAAUACUGCGACCACAGCUUUCUGUCUUCGGCAAGAAAAGGACGAUCAGAAAGUUGUGCUUGAAGACAAGGAUUUGGAAGUUAUUGGGUCACCGAUUAUCAAGUAUGGUGACUCCACGGUUAUUGUACAACAUUCAGAAACUGGACUGUGGCUUUCGUACAAGUCGUACGAGACCAAGAAAAAAGGAGUGGGUAAAGUUGAAGAAAAACAGGCCAUACUCCACGAAGAAGGAAAAAUGGACGAUGGUUUAGACUUCAGUAGGAGUCAAGAAGAAGAAUCCAGAACUGCGAGAGUCAUUCGUAAAUGCAGUUCCCUAUUUACUCAAUUCAUAAAUGGACUUGAAACACUUCAAAUGAACCGUCGUCAUUCGGUAUUUUUCCUGGCAGUUAAUUUAAAUGAAAUGGUUAUGUGUCUCGAAGAUUUGAUCAAUUAUUUUGCUCAACCAGAGGAUGACAUGGAACAUGAGGAGAAGCAAAAUAGGUUUAGAGCUUUGCGAAACAGACAAGACCUGUUUCAGGAAGAAGGAAUUUUGAAUUUAAUUUUAGAAGCAAUAGACAAGAUAAAUGUGAUAACGUCGCAAGGCUUCUUAGCCGGACUUGCUGGCGACCAAAAUUGGGAAAUGAUUUCGGGUUAUUUGUACCAACUGCUCGCCGCUAUUAUCAAAGGCAAUCACACAAAUUGUGCUCAAUUUGCCAACUCUAACCGUUUGAAUUGGCUUUUUUCUCGAUUGGGUUCACAAGCUUCCAGUGAAGGGACUGGAAUGUUGGACGUGCUUCACUGUGUCCUUAUUGAUUCACCGGAAGCUUUAAAUAUGAUGAGGGACGAACACAUUAAAGUAAUAAUUUCUCUUCUGGAGAAACACGGAAGAGAUCCGAAAGUUUUGGACGUGCUUUGCUCACUUUGUGUCGGUAAUGGUGUAGCAGUGCGUAGCUCUCAAAACAAUAUCUGUGAUUAUCUUCUUCCUGGAAAAAAUUUACUUUUACAAACGCAGUUAGUAGAUCACGUAGCAAGCGUAAGACCAAAUAUUUUUGUGGGUAGAGUCGAUGGUAGCGCAAUUUAUCAAAAAUGGUAUUUUGAAGUUACUGUAGAUCAUAUAGAACAAACUACUCACAUGAUGCCUCACUUGAGGAUUGGCUGGGCCAACUCCAAAGGAUACGUUCCAUACCCUGGGGGUGGUGAAAAGUGGGGCGGCAAUGGUGUAGGAGAUGAUUUAUAUUCCUACGGUUUCGAUGGAGUUUAUCUCUGGUCAGGAGGACGCUCAACACAAGUUGUGACCACUUAUACUACUCCAUUUAUUAAGAAAAACGACGUGGUUGGCUGUGCCUUAGAUUUAACUGUUCCAAUAAUUACUUUUACAUUCAACGGUGUGCCAAUUAAAGGAAGUUUCCGAAACUUUAACUUGGAUGGAAUGUUUUUCCCUGUGAUUAGUUGCUCGUCCAAACUUAGUUGUCGAUUUCUAUUAGGUGGCGACCAUGGCCGCCUAAAAUACAUCCCUCCGGAGGAAUUUUCACCACUAGUUGAAAGCCUCCUCCCGCAACAAAUUCUAAACCUCGAACCGUGUUUCUAUUUCGGAAACAUGAACAAAAACGUUAUUGCCGGUCCUCUGACCGUUGAGGAUGACACCGCUUUUGUACCAAACCCUGUAGACACUUCCAUGGUUAGUUUAGCGAGUUACGUCGAGUCAAUUCGGGAUAAAUUGGCGGAAAACAUCCACGAAAUGUGGGCCAUGAACAAGAUCGAAGCCGGCUGGCAAUGGGGGGAGUACAGGGACGAUUUGAGGCAUAUCCAUCCCUGUUUGGUGCCUUUCGACAAGUUGCCCCCAGCCGAGAAGAAAUACGACUCUCAACUGGCGGUUCAAACACUAAAAACAAUCAUUGCGCUUGGAUACCACAUAACCAUGGACAAACCCCCCUCGCGCAUCAAAACAGUCCGUCUUCCAAACGAACCCUUCAUGCAAUCAAACGGCUACAAGCCGGCCCCUCUUGACCUAAGUGCCAUAACCCUGACCCCAAAACUGGAAGAACUCGUUGACCAAUUGGCCGAGAACACUCAUAAUCUCUGGGCCAAGGAAAGGAUCCAGCAAGGUUGGACCUACGGACUCAAUGAGGAUCCCGAUAUGUUCCGAAGUCCGCAUCUGGUGCCUUACAUCAAAGUUGACGAUGCGAUAAAGAAAGCCAAUAGGGAUACAGCGUCUGAGACAGUUCGGACUCUCUUGGUAUACGGAUAUAAUUUGGAUCCGCCAACUGGUGAACAACAUGAAGCUUUGCUGGCUGAGGCUAGUCGGUCGAGACAAGCCAUAUUUAGGACUUACAGGGCGGAGAAAAAUUAUGCGGUCAGCUCGGGGAAGUGGUAUUUUGAGUUUGAGAUUCUUACAGCGGGACCAAUGAGAGUUGGAUGGGCCAAGGCUGAUUGUGCGCCCGGAUGUAUGUUGGGGUCGGAUGAAAAUACGUGGGCCUUUGAUGGAUACAAUGAAGAAAAAGUGUAUAGCAAUUCAGCCGAAUCGUUCGGAAAACAGUGGCAAGUUGGGGACGUAGUUGGCGUAUUCCUUGACCUAAUCGAUCAUACAAUUAGUUUCUCAUUAAAUGGUGAAUUGUUAAUGGAUGCGUUGGGUGGCGAAACCACUUUCGCUGACGUACAAGGGGACAAUUUUGUCCCGGCUUUUACACUGGGUGUUGGUCAGAAAGCCCGUCUUUGUUUCGGCCAAGACGUAACGCAAUUAAAAUAUUUUACGAUGUGUGGGUUACAAGAAGGUUACGAGCCCUUCUGUGUUAACAUGAAACGUCCAGUCACUUAUUGGUACACCAAAGAUCAGCCAAUUUUUGAAAAUACUGACGACAUGCCCGACACUAAAAUCGACGUUACGAGGAUUCUGGCAGGUUCAGACAGUCCUCCGUGUCUUAAGAUCAGUCACAACACUUUCGAGACUAUGGAGAAGGCGAAUUGGGAGUUUUUGCGACUCAGUUUGCCCGUAAUUUGCCAUUCAACAUUUAUUUCUGAGGAUGAGAAAAUGAGGCGUUGGCAGGAAAUUAAAAUUAGACAGCAUAGACUCAAGGCUGAAGCCGAGUCGAAUAUUUCUCCUGCACAUAUUGAGCAAAUGAUGAUGAAGAGCGGAUUCUCGAUGAGUGACAUCAAAGGUUUACAUCGUAAUUACUCUGAAGAUGCCGUCGAAUCAGACGAAGUAAUGAAACAUCAUGGCAAGUCCACGAAAAGCAUGCCUGCAAGACCACCCAGAAAAGGCUCACUUUCCCGGAACGUCAACGGUUUUGAAGAUAACAUGUUGGGUGCAAACACUGGCAGAGGUGUUAAUCGCUCCACCAGCGAACUAAACCUCAACAGAUACCACGACAUGGCCCCAGCUAACCAGGAGAAACCUGACGAAAAGAAAAAACGCGGAAGGUCUCCGUUCAGAUUUUUCUCGCGAAAGAAAGCCGGGAAUUCCCCCGGAGGUGAGUCUGUUAAAGCAGACAAAUCCAAAACUCCAGACCGGGAAAGAGAAAGAAUGGGAACGAUCAAAGUGCCGACUCGUCAAGCUGGAGUGUCGCCGUCGAGGCUCACAAGGAGUCCAACAAUUAAACAAUCACAGAGCGAUCUAAUGCAAGUUCCGGCCGCUGCUUCAGGACAACAGAAACAGCUUUCGGUGCCUCAUACUUCUGAUGUUGAGGCGGUCGGUGAUGAAUUGUUUGAUGGAGAGUGCCUUAAACUUAUCAAUGAAUAUUUUUAUGGUGUUCGAAUUUUUCCUGGUCAGGAUCCCACUCACGUGUAUGUUGGGUGGGUCACAACACAGUACCAUCGACAUACCAAGGAUUUUAAUCAAAAUCAAGUCAGGAAAAGUUCUAUUGUUAUCCUCGAUGAUUAUGACAGAGUUGUGGACUGCGUUGACAGACAAUCAUGCUACAUGGUACGCGCUGACGAGUUGUACAACCAAGUAACUCAAGACGCUUCCGGCAAAGGAGCAUCUCAAGGCAUGUUCAUUGGUUGUUUCCUCGACGCUGCUACCGGUGUUAUCACCUUCACCUGCGAAGGCAAACCAACUUCUCACGUAUUCAGGAUGGAGCCUGAAACCAAACUCUUCCCUGCAAUUUUCGUCGAAGCCACAAGCAAAGAAAUCCUCCAAAUUGAACUAGGUCGAACACCUACAAGCCUACCACUCUCGGCUGCUGUUCUGCAAAACAGUGCCAAACACGUAAUCCCCCAGUUCCCUCCAAGACUGAAAGUGCAAUGUCUUAAACCACACCAAUGGGCUCGAGUGCCUAACCAGAGCUUGCAAGUCCAUGCAUUGAAAUUAUCCGACAUAAGAGGUUGGUCGAUGCUGUGUGAGGACGCAAUUUCAAUGCUAGCUCUCCACAUUCCGGAGGAAGAUCGCUGUAUUGAUGUAUUGGAAUUGAUCGAAAUGGACAAAUUGUUGAGUUUCCACGCACACACUUUGACUCUUUAUGCCGCCUUGUGUUACCAAAGCAAUUACAAAGCGGCUCAUGUGCUUUGCAAACACGUCAACCAGAGACAGCUUUUGUAUGCCAUCAAGGCGGAGUAUAUGAGUGGGCCUUUGAGGCAGGGAUUUUACGAUUUACUUAUCGCCGUUCAUAUCGAAUCGGCUGCAACUACGAUGGAGGUUUGUCAGAAUGAGUAUGUUAUUCCACUGAGUCAAGAAUUGAAGGAAAUGUAUGAGGAUCCAGAGAUGCGGCAUAGUUUGAGAGCUUUGAUGAUGGAGUCGGUGCAGCCGCAAAUGAAAAUGUCUGACAUAACUGACACCGUGGAAAACAUCAAAAAUUUAUACUCACCUUACUUCCCCUUGGACAUUGUCCGCGACUACGUGAUGACAGCGUUAGCCGAAGCCGUUGAAACCAAUCAAGUGCACAAUCGUGACCCGAUUGGAGGCUCAAACGAAAACCUAUUUCUACCUUUACUUAAACUAGUAGACCGCCUGUUGUUAGUCGGCAUGUUACGCGAUGAAGACAUUGCCAAACUGCUGAUAAUGAUUUGUCCCGAAACUUGGGACCCUUCAUUCGUCAAAGACGGAAAAGACGAGCACCGCAAAGGCCUCCUCUCGAUGAAAAUGGCCGAAGGAGCGAAGCUCCAAAUGUGUUACUUGCUCCAGCAUUUGUGCGACAUUCAAUUGAGGCACAGAGUGGAGUCCAUCAUUGCCUUCAGUCACGAUUUCGUCGGUGAUUUACAAUCGGAUCAGUUGCGACGUUACAUUGAAAUCAAACAAUCAGACCUUCCUUCUGCUGUCGCAGCCAAGAAAACGCGUGAGUUCCGGUGUCCACCACGCGAGCAAAUGAACGCGAUUUUAUCGUUCAAAAACUUGGAGGAGGAAGAUAAGGAAAACUGUCCGCUUGGUGAAGAACUCUGUGAGAAACUUAACGAUUUUCACGGCUUAUUGAUGAGCCACGUGUCGCUACAAGCCCUACAAGCGCCAGAAGAAGAGGAAGGCAAUGACGUGCAAAAACCUGGGCCUUUCAAACGCCUGUACAAUUUCAUAAACGCCGUCAAGGAACUGGAAGAGGAACCGAAAGAAGAACCGGAACCCGAGAAGAAAACUCCGGAGGAAAUCUUCCGGAAGGUUCUGAUUUCAACAAUUGUGCAAUGGGCUGAAGAAGCCCAGAUCGAAACACCGAAACUAGUCCAAGAAAUGUUCAGUCUGCUCGUGCGACAGUACGACUCCGUUGGUGAAUUAAUCCGAGCCCUGCAGAAAACUUACGUGAUCAACGCAAAAACCAAACAAGAUGUUGCCGAAAUGUGGGUCGGUUUGAGCAAAAUCAGGGCGCUUUUGCCCGUGCAAAUGUCCCAAGAGGAGGAGGAGCUGAUGAGGGAGCGUUUGUGGAAACUGGUCAACAACCACACGUUCUUCCAGCACCCGGAUUUAAUCCGGGUUUUGCGAAUUCACGAAAACGUCAUGGCUGUUAUGAUUAACACGCUUGGUCGCCGGUCGCAGGCUCAGUCCGACGCACAAGCACAAGCUCAAGCCGCCGAAGGCGAUACUACUGUUAAGGAGAAAGACACUUCGCAUGAAAUGGUGGUGGCUUGCUGUCGCUUUUUGUGUUAUUUCUGCCGGACUGGGCGUCAAAAUCAAAAAGCUAUGUUCGAGCAUUUUGACUUCUUGUUGGAGAAUAGUAAUAUUUUGUUGGCGAGGCCUAGUUUAAGAGGGUCGACUCCGUUAGAUGUGGCGUAUUCGUCGCUGAUGGAAAAUACGGAGUUGGCGUUGGCUUUGCGUGAACAUUAUUUGGAGAAGAUCGCGAUUUAUUUGUCAAGGUGUGGUUUGCAGUCGAAUUCUGAACUUGUGGAAAAGGGGUAUCCUGAUUUGGGGUGGGAUCCGGUGGAAGGGGAACGCUAUCUUGAUUUCCUCAGGUUCUGUGUUUGGGUUAAUGGUGAAAGUGUUGAGGAGAAUGCAAAUUUAGUUAUUAGGUUGCUUAUCAGGAGGCCUGAAUGUUUAGGGCCGGCUUUAAGAGGCGAAGGCGAGGGCUUGCUGCGUGCUAUCGUAGAUGCGAACAAAAUGUCUGAACGUAUUUCCGACAGACGAAAAAUGAUGGACGAAGCUGAAGGCACCGUAAACGUCGCUCCUUUCACUCACCCUCUUCCAGAAAGCGACGACGACGAAGACUACAUAGACACGGGAGCCGCCAUCCUGAACUUCUACUGCACUUUAGUAGACCUUUUAGGACGAUGUGCCCCCGAUGCAACAGUUAUAGAACUUGGCAAAAACGAAUCACUUCGUGCCCGUGCCAUUCUCAGAUCUCUAGUUCCACUCGAAGACCUUCAAGGCGUCCUAAGUCUCAGAUUUACUCUUCAAAACCCAGCGGCUGGCGAAGAGCGACCCAAAUCUGAUAUGCCAUCAGGUCUAAUCCCUGGCCAUAAACAAUCCGUUGUACUUUUCUUAGAAAGAGUUUACGGAAUUGAAACUCAAGAACUCUUCUUCAGAUUGUUGGAGGAAGCGUUUCUGCCUGAUUUGAGAUGCGCUACUAUGCUAGACAGGAACGACGGCAGCGAGUCCGACAUGGCAUUAAGCAUGAACCGCUACAUCGGCAACUCGAUUUUACCACUCCUCAUCCAACACAGCAAAUUCUACAGCGAAGCUGAAAACUAUGCCUCUCUCCUUGACGCUACUUUACACACAGUCUACCGACUGUCCAAGAACCGUAUGCUCACCAAAGGCCAACGAGAAGCCGUUUCUGAUUUCUUGGUAGCCUUAACAAGUGCUCUCCAACCCUCAAUGUUGCUAAAACUUCUCCGCAAACUCACAGUUGACGUUUCAAACUUAUCGGAAUAUACAACAGUUGCUUUGCGACUUUUGACGCUACACUACGACCGGUGUGCCAAAUAUUACGGUUCCAGCACCGGCCAAGGCCUCUAUGGAGCCGCUAGUGAUGAAGAGAAGCGGCUGACAAUGAUGCUGUUCUCUAACAUUUUCGAUUCUUUGAGUAAAAUGGAUUACGACCCGGAAUUGUUCGGAAAAGCGUUGCCGUGCUUGAGUGCGAUUGGAUGUGCUCUUCCACCUGAUUAUUCCUUGUCGAAGAACUAUGACGAUGAGUGGUAUGCGAAUAAAUCGGCAAAGACUGGUCCUGAUGGUCCCUAUAAUCCACAACCUAUCAAUACAUCAUCAGUGGCUCUUAAUAAUGACUUAAAUAGUAUCGUGCAACAAUUUUCGGAACAUUAUCAUGAUGCUUGGGCUUCGAGGAAGUUGGAAAAUGGGUGGCAAUAUGGAGAGACUUGGUCUGACAGUAACAAGACACAUCCGAGGCUAAAACCCUACUCCAUGCUGAAUGAUUACGAGAAGGAACGGUACAAAGAACCUGUUCGUGAGUCUUUGAAAGCCUUAUUGGCCAUUGGUUGGUCGGUCGAGCACUCAGAAGUGGAUCAUCCUUCAACCAAUCGCAACUCAGUCCACCACCAAUCAGGCGAAGGUUCAUCCCCCUUUAAUUACAACCCUCACCCAGUCGACAUGACCAACUUAACACUGUCAAGAGAGAUGCAAAACAUGGCCGAACGUCUUGCCGAAAACGCUCAUGACAUUUGGGCCAAAAAGAAGAAAGAAGAGUUGAACACUUGUGGUGGUGGCAUCCAUCCACAACUAGUCCCUUACGAUCUUUUGACCGAUAAAGAAAAACGCAAAGAUAGAGAGCGUUCGCAAGAGUUUCUCAAGUAUUUGCAAUACCAAGGAUAUAAAUUACACAAGCCCAUACGUGGUGGUCAAGGCGAAACGGAGCAAACAACAGCCGGAGCUUCAAUCGAGUUACGUUUCGCUUACAGUUUAUUAGAAAAACUGAUCCAAUACGCAGACAGAGCUACGAUUAACAUGAAACUAUUGAAGCCUUCAUCCACCUUCAGUCGCAGACCUUCGUACAAAACCUCAUCACGCGAUAUCAAAUUCUUCUCGAAGGUCGUCCUCCCUCUGAUGGAGAAAUAUUUCUCCACUCAUCGCAACUACUUCAUUGCUAUUGCUACAGCUACGAAUAAUGUCGGAGCUGCUAGUUUGAAGGAGAAGGAAAUGGUGGCUUCCCUGUUUUGCAAAUUGGCGAGUUUGCUACGUUCCAAACUUACUGCUUUUGGGGCAGAUGUCAGGAUUACGGUGAGGUGUCUGCAAGUUUUGGUUAAAGGGAUUGAUGCAAAAUCGCUGGUGAAAAACUGUCCCGAGUUUAUUCGCACGUCGAUGUUGACGUUCUUUAAUAAUACUGCCGAUGAUUUGGGGCAUACGAUUAUUAAUCUGCAAGAAGGGAAGUACAGCCAUUUGCGCGGGACGCAUUUGAAGACUUCGACGUCUUUGUUUUAUGUCAAUACGGUCAUAAUUCCCAUUUUGACGGCUAUGUUCGAUCAUCUUGCUAAUUGUGAAUAUGGAAGUGAUCUGCUACUCGAUGAAAUUCAAGUUGCCUCGUAUAAAAUUUUGCAAGCUUUGUAUACUCUGGGCACUGACACGACCCUUACCCACGACAGAAAGUAUCUUAAAACUGAAAUCGAAAAAUACAAACCGGCUUUAGGUUCCUGUUUAGGCGCCUUCAGCUCAACUUUCCCAGUUGCGUUCCUAGAGCCUCAUCUCAAUAAAAACAACCAAUUUUCUCUCUUAAACCGCAUUGCAGAUCACUCAUUAGAAGCCCAAGACAUUAUGGCAAAAAUGGAGGGCUCAAUGCCCACACUUGAGACAAUUUUAUCAGAAGUGGACCAAUUUGUCGAAAGUGAAAAGACAUAUUCUGACGCUCCUCAUAUUAUAGAUGUUAUAAUGCCUAUGUUGUGUUCAUAUUUGCCUUUUUGGUGGUCUCAAGGACCUGAUAAUGUCAGUCCAACUGGAGGUACCCACGUGUCGAUGGUAACAGCGGAACAUAUGAAUCAUUUAUUGAAGAAUGUUUUAAAAUUGAUAAAGAAAAACAUCGGUAAUGAAACAGCUCCCUGGAUGACACGCAUAGCUGCAUACACCCAACAAAUUAUCAUUAACAGCAGUGAAGAACUGCUUAGGGAUCCAUUUUUGCCCUUAGCUGAACGUGUGAAGAAGCGAACUGAAACAAUGUUCCACAAAGAAGAAAGUUUGAGAGGUUUUAUUAAGAGCUCUUCAGAUGACACCUCACAAAUUGAAACGCAAAUUCAGGAAGACUGGCACCUUCUAGUUAGGGAUAUUUAUGCCUUCUAUCCGCUUCUAAUCAAGUACGUUGAUUUGCAAAGAAAUCAUUGGUUGAGGCAUAACAUUGCCGAAGCUGAAGAUUUGUACAAUCAUGUGGCCGAUAUUUUCAACAUUUGGUCGAAGUCACAAUAUUUCCUGCGAGAGGAACAGAACUUUAUCUCUGCGAAUGAGAUUGAUAACAUGGUUUUGAUAAUGCCCACAGCUACAAGAAGGCCGGUUGUAACUGACGGUACUCAACAGACAGGUGGCAAGAAAAAGAAGAAGCAUCGUGACAAGAAGCGUGAUAAAGACAAGGAAAUCCAAGCUUCCUUAAUGGUGGCUUGCUUGAAACGUUUAUUGCCAGUAGGUCUUAACUUAUUUGCUGGGCGAGAGCAGGAAUUGGUCCAACAUUGCAAAGACCGUUUCUUGAAGAAAGCACCAGAAUACGACAUCAUCGAGUUCGCUAAAACCCAGCUUACUUUGCCUGAUAAAAUUGACCCAGCUGACGAAAUGUCUUGGCAACAUUAUUUGUACAGCCAACUGGGAAGCAAAAAGAGCGCAGCUGUAGGAAUGGUCGACAAUAACGGCAAAAAUUUGCUAGAAGAGACAGUUGAUAGAAUUGUCGCCAUGAGUAAAGUACUCUAUGGGUUACAUAUGGCUUGUAGACCGAAAACUAACAGAAAUAAUUGGAAAAAAAUCCUGGGGGCUGCGAGGAAAAGGGCCGCUCUUGCGUGUCUCAGGUGCCGCCCUUUGUACAAGCACAGCAGACAUCGGGCCAUAAAUAUCUUCAUCCGUUCCUACUACGAGCUGUGGCUGCAAGACGAAAAUGUGGGUCAGGAAGUUAUGAUUGAAGAUCUUACUCAAAGUUUCGAAGACUCGGAACUUAAGAAGAAAGACGGUGAAGAGGAAGAAAGCAAACCGGAUCCUCUUACCCAACUUGUGACGACUUUCUGUAGAGGAGCUAUGACUGAGCGUUCGGGGGCGUUACAGGAGGAUCCGUUGUAUAUGUCUUAUGCCGAAAUUAUUGCUAAGUCAUGUGGUGAGGAAGAAGAAGAAGGGGAAGAAGAGGAAAGUGGUGAAGGUGAAGAAGGAGGAGCAUCUAUUCAUAGGACAAUGAAUAAGCUAAUGGAGCAAGAAAUGGAAAAGCAGAAGUUGCUUUUCAACCAAGCAAGACUGGCCAAACGAGGCGUAGCAGAAAUGGUCCUUCUGCACAUAUCAGCAUGCAAAGGCGUCCCCUCAGAAAUGGUAAUGAAAACACUCGAACUGGGCAUUUCUAUCCUCCGUGGUGGUAACUUCGACAUCCAAAUGGGAAUGUUAAACCAUUUGAAAGAGAAAAAAGACGUUGGAUUCUUCACCAGCAUUGCUGGACUAAUGAACAGUUGUAGUGUUUUGGACCUGGACGCGUUUGAAAGAAACACAAAAGCGGAAGGUCUUGGCGUCGGAUCAGAAGGUGCUGCUGGUGAAAAGAACAUGCACGAUGCGGAAUUUACAUGUGCGUUAUUCAGGUUUAUCCAACUGACUUGUGAAGGCCACAAUUUAGAAUGGCAAAAUUAUUUGCGUACUCAAGCUGGUAAUACCACAACCGUAAAUGUGGUUAUUUGCACAGUAGAUUAUCUGCUACGUCUACAGGAAUCAAUAAUGGAUUUUUACUGGCAUUAUUCCAGCAAGGAUUUGAUUGAUCCUGCCGGUAAAGCAAACUUUUUUAAAGCUAUCGGUGUUGCUAGUCAAGUUUUCAACACCCUGACUGAGGUGAUUCAAGGGCCUUGUACCCUCAACCAACAGGCAUUGGCUCAUUCCAGAUUGUGGGACGCUGUUGGAGGUUUCCUUUUCCUCUUCUCUCACAUGCAAGACAAACUGUCAAAACACUCGAGUCAAGUCGAUUUGUUGAAAGAAUUAUUAAACUUGCAAAAAGACAUGAUUACCAUGAUGUUGUCUAUGCUUGAAGGUAACGUUGUUAAUGGUACCAUUGGUAAGCAGAUGGUGGACACCUUGGUUGAAAGUGCAUCAAACGUCGAACUAAUCCUUAAAUAUUUCGACAUGUUUUUGAAAUUGAAAGAUUUGACUUCAUCACCUAGCUUCCAAGAAAUUGAUAUUAAUAAUGACGGUUGGGUGUCUCCCAAAGACUUUAAGGAGAAGAUGGAGCAACAAAAAAGCUACACAUCUGAAGAAAUCGACUUCUUGCUGGCGUGUUGUGAAGUUAACCAUGAUGGUAAAGUGGACUAUAUAGGUUUCAUCGACCGGUUCCACGAACCAGCCAAAGAAAUUGGUUUUAAUUUAGCUGUUUUGCUAACAAAUCUGUCGGAACAUAUGCCGAAUGAACCGAGAUUGGCCAGGUUUUUGGAAACUGCCGGCUCUGUGUUGAAUUACUUUGAACCGUUUUUGGGCCGUAUUGAGAUUUUGGGAGGCAGCAAACGAAUUGAAAGGGUGUACUUUGAGAUUAAGGAAUCCAACAUUGAACAGUGGGAAAAACCACAAAUUAAGGAAUCAAAACGAGCCUUCUUCUACUCCAUCGUCACGGAAGGUGGCGACAAGGAGAAACUCGAAGCCUUUAUCAACUUCUGUGAAGAUGCGAUUUUUGAAAUGCAACACGCUAGUGGUCUAAUGGCAGUGGAAGAAUCAGGUGGUGGUGGCCCAACUCGUGCCGCCAGCUACAGUUACAUGAACGUCGAUGACGAAGACCGUGGCAAAGAUCCAAUUCGUCGAGGCUACCAAUCCAUAAAAGAAGGCAUCGCUUACGGACUUUCAUCCCUUAGUCCUUCAAACAUCAAACACAAAUUUGCCGAAAUGCAGCAAAUGACCAUUCCGGAACUGUUUAUCGGUUUCUUCAGAAUGAUCAUUUAUGCGUUUUACUAUUCCGGCUUUGGAGUAGCGAUUAUUUUCAAAUAUAUUUUCGGCGUGUUGUUGUCUUUGAUGAGGGGUCCGAUUGAAGAACCGGCUGUUCUAGAAAUAAAGGAAGAAGAGGAAAAGGUUGGGUUAUCGAGAGUGUUACCGGCGUUACCAUCUUCGGAGGAACAAAACACGCAAAUGCAAGCAUUUGGAUUGGAUAUAACGAAAGAGGAUAACGGACAAUACAAAAUGGCAGCACACGAAUCACCAACCACAAGUCAACCGUCAUCAGCAGAAGGUGAGGGAGAAACGACACCGGAAGAAGAUGGCGAACAUCCGGAAACGGAAACCAUGGAAGCGCCACUGUCACUAUCUGAUCUUUUAGGUGGAGAACAGGCUAAACGAGCAGCUCAAGAAAAAGUCGAAGCUCAAGCGGCUCAACAAGCGGUAAUGCAAGCAAUUGAGUCCGAAUCCAAACAACCUGUUGUUACUGAACCUUCUGCCGUUUCACAAAUCAAUUUUGGUGCUUACAGUCAUCGUGCAGUGUCAUUUUUGGCCAGGAAUUUCUACAACUUAAAAUAUGUGGCUUUGGUACUGGCGUUCUGUAUCAACUUCAUGCUCCUCUUCUAUAGGGUUUCGACUCUUGGUGAUGAUGCGGAAGGUAGCGGAAGCAAGGGCAUUCCAGACAUCCUCGAAGGCUCUGCUGAAGGAAGCGGUGCUGGUUCUGGAGAAUCAGGAGAAGAUGACGAUCCUCCCGAAUUGGUACAUGUCGACGAAGAUUUCUACUAUAUGGCACACGUGAUGCGAUUAGCUGCGAUUUUACAUUCUGUUGUAUCUCUAGCAAUGCUAAUAGCGUACUACAAUCUAAAAGUGCCUCUAGCUAUAUUUAAACGGGAAAAGGAAAUUGCACGUCGGCUUGAAUUUGAAGGUUUAUACAUCGCAGAACAGCCUGAAGAUGACGAUCUUAAAUCGCAUUGGGAUAAAUUAGUAAUUUCGGCAAAAUCAUUCCCGGUGAAUUAUUGGGACAAGUUUAUUAAAAAGAAAGUACGGCAAAAGUAUAGUGAAACGUAUGAUUUUGAUUCCAUCAGUAAUUUGCUCGGUAUGGAGAAAACAUCCUUCCAACAGCAAGAAUCUGAUGAAGGAAGGAGUUUCAUAUACUUUAUCAUCAAUAUUGACUGGCGUUACCAAAUCUGGAAAUCUGGAGUUACCAUCACCGACAACUCCUUUUUGUACUCUUUGUGGUACUUCAUUUUUUCGAUUUUGGGCAACUUCAAUAACUUCUUCUUUGCGGCCCAUUUAUUGGAUGUCGCUGUCGGUUUCAAAACUUUACGCACUAUUUUGCAAUCAGUAACACACAACGGAAAACAACUUGUCUUGACUGUAAUGCUACUCACAAUCGUGGUAUACAUCUACACGGUGAUUGCGUUUAACUUCUUCAGAAAGUUCUACGUGCAAGAGGAGGAUGAAGAAGUCGACAAGAAAUGUCACGACAUGUUAACAUGUUUCGUAUUCCAUCUGUACAAAGGAGUGAGAGCUGGUGGUGGUAUCGGUGAUGAAAUCGAGCCACCAGAUGGCGACGACUACGAAGUCUAUCGUAUUAUGUUUGAUAUCACUUUCUUCUUCUUUGUCAUCGUUAUUCUUCUGGCUAUCAUUCAAGGUUUGAUCAUUGAUGCUUUCGGUGAGCUUCGUGAUCAGUUAGAAAGUGUGAAAGAGGACAUGGAGUCCAACUGCUUCAUAUGUGGGAUGGGCAAAGAAUACUUCGAUAAAGUACCUCACGGAUUCGACACCCACGUCCAACAAGAGCACAACUUAGCAAAUUACAUGUUCUUCCUUAUGCAUCUAAUCAACAAACCGGACACGGAGUACACCGGCCAAGAGACCUACGUGUGGAACAUGUACCAGCAAAGAUGUUGGGACUUUUUCCCUGUCGGUGAUUGCUUCCGUAAGCAAUACGAAGAAGAAUUGGGAGGUGGAGGCGGUUAACACUUCCUAUUCACUUUCAGUGCUCAAUUUUUUUAUCAACUCUCAAACGCAUUACUAUUUUUAUCGAUAAGUAGAUACCACACACAGCAGAUCGAUGAAAUAUGUAAUUUAAGUCGUGAUUUUUUGUUGAUUUUUGCAUGUUGUAAUAUACGCUUUUCAGUCGAUUUGUUUUCAACAACAGUACAAAAUUGUCCAAAUUUUGCCUUACAGUUCUAAUUAUUGAUAUUGAUAAUAUAAUUAAUAUUUAAAAGUAUAUUGUGAGAUGUAUUUGCGGAGUUUUGGUCUAAUAAAGUAUUUAUUGUUAA